AUGAAUGGUGAACAAAGCGUCCUUGUUCUGACACUGUCCGGCGAGCUAGCGACGAAAAUCCAAAAAGCACUUUCCAUGGGCCGACAGCAUAGAUUAUCCGCUCAAUACACCAAAGCCAAAAUAAAGGAGCUCGAAACAGAGAGACUGGACAAUGCGGGUUUGGUGGAAGCUCUCGAAUUUGAGCUGCAACACAAGAAGAAGGAGAUUGAUCAGUCUCUUGUUAUGAGCGAGAAGCAAAGAAAAGAGCUUAAUACUUUGGCUCAAGACCUUCAUCGUAUGCGCGCUAAUCAUGGUGUCAUUGAGCGUAAUCUGGUCUACCUAGGUGAAGGCGACGUAGAAGAGGUGGGACGAUGGAGAGAUGCUAUGAAAGCACCGGUGGAGAUCGAACCGAGAGACCUGCAGCGGCACCUGGCCAUCGAUCCGGAAGGGAAAUGGACUUGGCUGGCGGACAGGAGUCGGCUCGCGACGAUGGGACGAAUGGCAGGGGCCGCGGGGGACGAAGAGAUCGUUCUCAGUCAAGACGUAGAAGGCGGACGGAAAAUGAGCCACGUGGAAGAUGCAGACGUCAAGACGGGACGCGAGUUGUGGACGACAGCGAUGAGCUUGACCAGCGAAACGGUAGCUCCGAUCAAGAAGACAGAAAUCGCCAUAGGCGUAGUCCGUCUGCUGACAGCAAAACAAGGGAGGAACGAACCUUACGAAUCGAACGGCUUGUUAGGCAAGAACGUGAGGAUUUUGAACGCGGAAGAAGAAGCAGCUCUCGACUACGCUCGCGACAAGCUUCAGCUCGACGAGGAGAAACCAGACAAAGAAGGAGGGAUUCUCCCAGGCAGAGAAGUCCAAGUCGAAGUCGGAGUCGAUCACCCUCCUUGGAUGUGA